UUUUCAAUAAAAUAUGACCAAAAAUCACCCCUAGCAAUGUCAGUUACAAGUUCUUGAAAUCCUCUAUGAUAUUAUAGCCAAUUUCAAGAAUUCAACAAAUACAUUUUUUUUUUAGUUCUUUUGAUUUCCAGGCGAAAAUCUUCGUAGAGAGUUAGAAAGCGUCAGUUCUCAUACUGAAAUUGUCAUGUUACAUGUUUUUUGUCGAAGAGAAGUUUUGAUACUUUAUAUCUAGGGGCGAAGAUUUUCAUAGAGAGUUAUAAAGCGUCAGUUCUCAUAGUGAAGUUGAAAGAAAAGGAGUAUUUUUUAUCUCGAUGUAAAGAUCUUCCUAAAAAGGUAAAAGACGUCAAACGAUAUAAGAUUAUUCCGUCCCCAUCAAAAAAAAAGUUGGGAGAUUUGAUCUCGGGCAAAGAUCUUCAGAGUCAGAUAACGUCAGCUCUUAGAGUGUGACAGUAUAAAAAGGUAUGUUAUCUUGAAAACAAGCACGUUAUUGACUUAUAAUUUUAUUUAUCGAUUUCGAUUAUCGAAAAAAAAUAUGAUGAAAGUGAGAGGCUUUAGGCUUGGUAGGAGACUUGUGAGAGUUUUCAAGUUGUUUAUUCAUAGGAGAAAAAAGGGAAAAAUCAGCUACAAACGUUUGGGAUCUUCCAAUUGUGCAACAAAAGCAAUUUCAAAGCUAUGUAAUUUUGGAAAUUUGUUGAAGCAUGGGGUUAAAAGUGUCAAUUUUGCAAAACCAGGGUCGGGUUAUAUUCGGGUCGGGUCAGAAUUGAUGGAUCAGAACCAAAUACCAAAGGGUCAUUUGGCUGUGUAUGUUGGUGAAAAACAAGAUGUUGCAUGUAGAGUUUUAGUCCCUGUGAUUUACUUUAAGCACCCUUUGUUUGUUGAUUUGUUGAGAGAGGCUGAAAUGGUUUACGGGUUCAAUCAUUCGGGUGGGAUCCAAAUCCCUUGUCGGAUAUCCGAAUUCGAGAACGUUCAAUCGAGAAUCGCAGCCACGAGUCGUGGUGGGAGUUGUCGCAGGAGGCGGAGCUGGAGGUGCAAUUAGAAGCGAGUUCAUAAUUUAAGAGUAUAACUUUUUCAACUUAUCGUGUGUUUGAAGAAAGUAAUGUAUGUGAUAACAUUCACUGCUUAUUAGAUUCGUCUUUGACUAUUUGAUCAUGUCAGAAUUUGUAUACAUUUAAAUUUAGUGGUCAGUCUGUUAGUUUCUUUUAUCGCAUUCGGAAAAAGGAUGUUGAGUUUGAGAAGAUUAAUGUAUGUGCUUACAUUCACUA